UUUUCGGGAGAAUCUCAAGCAGCGCAAUGAAAUCGACUGACUGGAAGUUAUUUUAUAUAGCAAUAAUUUUACUGACCAAUGGGACAGCAGCUUCACAAAAUAAUGUCUUCACCUCCUUGGAGGAAAUGGUGAGAUUGGUGCAGCUUGAGGCCGAUUUCAUAGAGAAUCUCAACAGCUAUGCGGAUGAACUGGCAGCCAAACUGAAGAAAUUGAAAAGAGUCAUUCCACAAAUGCAGGCUCGGAGCAAUGAGGCAUUGCAUCAAGUGGAGAAUUAUAUAUCCAAUCCAAUAAACGCCUUCUCACUCCUACGCCGGAUGCAUGAGGACUGGCAGGAAUGGAAUGUGUUCAUGGAAACAUCUGUCGGCCAAUCGCAAGUGAACUUUUUUAACAAAGCGAGACAAGAGCUCCCAACUACAGCAGAUCUGUAUGAAGCUUGCUCCUCUAUGUAUCGCUUACAAAAGGCUUACAACUUAACUGUGAAGGAUAUGAGCAGGGGCAUUCUCAAUGGAAAGCAAUACAACGCAAGCUUGAAUGCCCUGGAUACCUAUGCCAUGGGCAAAUACCUGAUUAAGGUGGAUAGAGGCGUGGCUGGCGAGUGGUUCACGGAAACAAGCGAGUGGCUGAAGCAACACACACUUCAAACUCCAAUCGGAGAUGAACGCGAGAAGGUGCUACAUCUCUUUGCUCAAGCAAUCCUCGACUACAAGUAUUACUCGAUCGCCCUACAACUCGACCGUACACUAUUGAGUAAGAGAAGCAAAAUUGAGGAGCUUUCCCGAGGGGAGGUCAAGGAGAAACCAAAAGCUAAAAGCGAGCCUACCGAUUACGAAAUCGGCUGUCGUGGUCAAUACGUGCAGCAGUCCGGAUUAAUGUGCACGUAUAAGUCGAAGAGUUCGGCAUUUCUUCGUCUGGCGCCGAUUAAAAUGGAAGUUCUGGUCCUAGACCCGUUAGUUGUAAUCUUCCAUGACGUAUUGUCCUCUAGGGAAAUCGAUGGGCUGCAAGAGAUUGCAAGGCCUCAUCUGCAACGCAGCUUGGUCGUUAAAUACAGGGUCAGCGUUCAAGGGAAGCAUCGCAUUUCGGCGGGUACGUGGGUCGAACGGAAAUACAACAAUCUGACAUGGCGCAUUGAGAGGCGUAUCGCGGAUAUGGUCGAUCUGAACUUGGAAGGCUCAGAGCCGUUUUAUGUAAUAAACUAUGGCAUAGGUGGUCAGUACAAAGCCCACUGCGAUUUCUUCGAAGACCAUACCGUUGAGGACAAUCGUUUAGCUACGAUUUUAUUUUAUAUGAAUGAUGUUGAGCAAGGGGGCGCCACAGUAUUCCCUCGCCUUGGGCAGGCUGUGAGAGCUAAGCGCGGAAAUGCCCUCUUUUGGUACAACAUGCAACAUAAUGGAACUGUUGACAGCAGAACCCUGCAUGGCGGCUGUCCCAUCCUAGUUGGUUCCAAAUGGAUAUUUACUCAGUGGAUAUCCGACCUUCCGAACAUGUUUCACCGACUGUGUCGAAAGCAGGAGCCGAAUGCAGCUUAAAGAAUAAUGAUUGAGGAUAACUCCACAGUACUGGGAUGUGUCCAUCAUGUAAUGGGAGAAGGCAUUAAAUAACGUUUAUUCAACUAUAAGCAAAUUCUAAAUUCGACAUUCGUAUACCCGAUUCGCUGAAAUACCUCAAUGUAUUCUAAAUUUUGUUAACGUUUUAUAGAAA